CCCCAGAGCACGCACCCAGCGCCCCGGCCCCGCGCCCGUCCCGCAUGGAGCUGAGAGCAGGUGACUCUUGGGGGAUCUUCACCUUCCUGUGCGCCGCGCUUUGCAACCUGCCGGCGCUGCCGGCGCUGAACUGCUCCGAGGAGCUGGGCGCCGGCCAGUCCAUCCAGCAGACGUACGACCUGACCCGCUACCUGGAGCACCAGCUCCGCACCCUCGCCGGCACCUACCUGAACUACCUGGGGCCCCCCUUCAAUGAGCCCGACUUCAACCCCCCGCGCCUGGCACGGGCCGAGCGGGUGCCCAGCGCCACCGUGGACCUGGACCUGUGGCGGGGCCUGACGGACAACGCCCGCCUGGCCGCCAACUACCGGGCCUACAGCCGCCUGCUCUGCUACCUGCGCGUGCUGGACGGGCAGGUGGGCACGGCCGAGCUGCGCCACCGCCUCGCCCACUUCUGCGCCAGCCUCCAGGGGCUGGUGCUCAGCAUCGGCGGCGUCAUGUCCUCGCUGGGCUACCCGCUGCCCGCUGGCCCCGCCGGGCCCCCCGCGCCCCCCGGCGCGCCCGCGGCCCCCAAUGACUUCCUGAAGAAGAUGGAUGAUUUCUGGCUGCUGAAGGAGCUGCAGACCUGGCUCUGGCGCUCGGCCAAGGACUUCAACCGCCUCAAGAAGAAGGUGCCGCCCGCUGUGGUCACCCUGCGGCUGGAGGCGAGGGGGUUCUGAGCACCUGCGGGGCUCCUGAGUCCACAGUGCCACCAUGGCCACGCAGGUCCCCUCUUCCACCACCAGCGUGCCUUGAGAAAUGGGGCUCCUGACCCCCAAACCACCCCACAACCUCAUCAUCACCUGGCAGUGCCUUGAAAGAUGGGGCUCCUGACAUUACGUGUCACCACAGCCACCUUGCAGCCCCUCCAGCAUCAUCAUCAUCAUCAUCAUACUGUGCCUUAAGGAACAGGGCUUCUGACCCCAAGUGCCACCACGGCCACCCCAUGUUCCCUGUCCACCACCAGUGUGCUUCAAGAAAUAGGGUUCCUGACUCCCAGGUGCCACCACAGCCAUCUCACAAUCCCACUUUCAUCACCGUGCCUUAAGUGAGGGGUUCCAAACCCCAAGUGUCACCCACCACAGCCACCUCACGUCCCCUCUGUCACUACACUCUGCUGUAAGGGAUGCAUCUCCUGACCCCAAGUGCCACCAAAGCCACUCCAUGUCCCCUCUUUGCCCGCAGCGUCCCUUCAAAACUGUGUCUCCUGACCCCGGAGUGCUGCCAAAGCCACCCCACAUCCUUACCAUCACCCAGCUGUGCCUUAAGGGGUGGAGUUCCUCACCCCAAAGUGCCGCCACAGUCACCCCGCAGCCCCUCUGUCGCUAUGUUGUGUCUUAAGGGACAGGUGUCCUGACUCCCAUGUGCCCCUCCAUGGGGUCCCCAACCCCCAGGGUGCCUGUCCCCAUCCCUAAAGUCUCCAGAAUGGGUGCCAACCCCGCCCAUCCCAAAAAGGACCAACGCCCUCCGAGCAUAGGAAUAAGCCCCGCC